ACUCAGUAUGACAGGGACUUAAACAGGUCUGACACAGAAGCAGAAGCUGGAUGAUAAUGACAAGGCAGCUGGCUGGGAGAAAAGGCAGGUAUUCAAGACAGAAUAGAUUCAACUUGGAGUAGGCUUGGACGGCAGUCUCUUUUCACACCAGCUACUGUGGCUUUCUGUGAAUGAGAGUUCAGCUACUGCAACAGUGGCAAAGCUGUAGCACUGCCAGAUAACUCUGGAGUGUGUGUGUGUGUGUGUGUCUGGAGCCAAAGAAGACACUGAUCAACAGCAUGACCCGAAAACCUGUUGCUACUUCUGUCUCCAAUGGAGGCUAUGCUAAAGAAGACUCAAAUGGCAACCUGCCCAUUAUGGACUCCAGCGACCCAGCUGCCACAGGUAAAGUGGAGCUGAGAAAGAAAAUAACUUUACUGAGAGGGAUCUCAAUUAUAAUUGGCACCAUCAUUGGAGCUGGGAUCUUUAUUUCGCCCAAGGGUAUCCUGCAGAACAGUGGGAGUGUGGGGAUGUCGCUUGUGGUCUGGUCUACCUGUGGGUUGCUGUCAUUAUUUGGGGCCCUUUCAUAUGCUGAGCUUGGUACAUGUAUCAAGAAAUCUGGGGGUCAUUACACCUAUAUCCUUGAAGCCUUUGGUCCACAUGCUGCAUUUGUAAGAGUUUGGGUAGAGCUGCUUGCAAUACGUCCUGCUACCACAGCAGUGAUCUCUUUGGCUUUUGGACGGUACAUAUUGGAACCCUUAUUUAUGCCAUGUGGGAUACCUGAACUACCAAUCAAGAUUGUCACUGCCAUAGGAAUAACCUCUGUGAUGUACUUGAACAGCAUGAGUGUCUCCUGGACUGCACGGAUACAGAUCUUUUUGACCUUCUGUAAACUUGGGGCUGUAGGGCUUGUCAUCAUACCUGGAAUGAUUCAGUUAUUUAAAGGUGAAACUCAGAACUUUCACAAUGCAUUUGGAGUUAAUGAGGUCCCUAUCAUGGGAUUACCCCUUGCCUUUUACUCAGGAAUGUAUGCCUAUGCAGGAUGGUUCUACUUGAAUUUUGUAACUGAAGAGGUAGAAAAUCCUGAAAAAACUAUCCCCCUGGCCAUAUGCAUAUCAAUGGCGAUCGUCACUGUUGGCUAUGUGUUAACAAAUGUGGCCUAUUACACUGUAAUGUCUGCUGAGGAGUUGCUUGCCUCAGAAGCUGUUGCUGUGACCUUUGCUGAGAAGUUGAUGGGGAAAUUUUCCAUGGCUGUUCCAAUAUUUGUUGCUCUGUCAUGCUUUGGCUCGAUGAAUGGUGGUGUAUUUGCUGUAUCAAGGAUGUUUUAUGUUGCCUCCCGUGAGGGUCACCUUCCAGAAAUACUUUCUAUGAUCCACAUUCGCAAACACACUCCACUCCCUGCAGUUAUUGUACUGUACCCAUUGACAAUACUAAUGUUGUCCAUGGGAGAUAUCUACAGCCUGCUGAACUUCCUGAGUUUCAUUCGAUGGCUCUUUAUCGGUCUAGUAGUUGUUGGGCUUAUUUACCUCCGAUAUAAGCGUCCCGAAAUGCCUCGUCCUUUUAAGGUUCCAUUGUUCAUCCCUGCCUUAUUUUCCUUCACCUGCCUUUUCAUGGUUGCCCUGUCUCUCUACUCUGACCCCAUCAACACUGGGAUAGGAUUUGCUAUCACAGUGACUGGAAUUCCUGCAUACUAUCUAUUCAUUGUGUGGGACAAGAAACCCAAAAUCUUCCAGAAGUUUAUGAAUUCAAUGACCAGAGCAUUGCAGAUCAUUCUGGAAGUGGUGCCAGCAGAAUAAAAAAAAAAAACACGACUUUGAUCUGCAGCUUAUUUGUGUUAUGACACACCAGUACUCAUUUUAUAUGUAUAAAGUUGAAAUGAAUAACAUGAUUAUCUAACUAAAGCAUUCAAGCUUGACUUUGGGGGAAAAAAAAACAAGUGUACGGGAGUAAAUAAUAAUUAGAUGGGUUAUAUGCUGAAAUGCGUUUUUUGACAGUAAUUGUAAUGCAGUUUACAUCGGCAACUUCCAUUUGCGAUUUAAACUUAUGAAUGGAUGUUUAUGAACCAUAUUAACAAAUAUACUGUAGUAUUACUGUACACCAUUCUAAAACACUGUGCAGUGCAGUAGUACUGGCCGUUCCAAGGUCCAAAAUACUGCAGUGCUAGUGUAAUACUUUAGUUUCGUUAGGCAACAAGCAACCAGGGUUAGACUCCUACAGAAAAUAGUGAGUGGACUCUGGCUUAUGCAUAGAGGACAAUUUUGACAAUUUUCAAAGACCAAUUUAAGGAGGUCGACAUAAUUUUCAAUGAUGAUAAUUAAUAACCAACUGUAAAAAUAAAGGUUUUGCAUUAUUUUAUUUAACUGUAUAACAAAAAUCUAAAUGAUACUCAAUAACACUGAGUCAGUUUUGGUACCUAUACCUGUUUCAUUCUAAAAACAGUACAAUUCAGUGUCUUAAUCAAUGUCAGAAGCAAUAGUCCAAGAAUUUUGUGUCUCAAUCAUAGGUGCCUAACUUUGUUAAAAAGUGGACGGCAAACGGAAGGACUAACUGCCAAGUGUAGAGGUGCGAAUGUAUUGAUUUUUAUUUUUUACAAUUAAGAAGCUCUAAGAAACCAAGCAAACGGUUUUAGUGACUGCAAACCUACAAAACUGGACAGGUGUUUCAGCAUAAAAUGUUAAAUAUGUACUUACUGAGCACGCAUUAAUUGCACAACCAGUACCAAUGGCAUCUCUGCACAGUGCUACACCUAGAAUUCCCACAUGUAGUUUAUAAAAGCAAGUACUGUUCUUUUGAAGGUACGUAUUCCCUAAUUAAGGCAGUUCAAAAUACUUGCCCUAGAAGCACUGGUUUACUAUAUAAAAAAAAUACUUAAUUGUGAAGCAAAUGCAAUUUGCUUUUUUGCUGAAUAAAACAAUUUCAACAGUAUACAUUUAACAGAAUAAACUUAGUUGCAAGAAGGACCAGUCAAGAGUUGUUUCUUGUUUUAUACCAUUAAAAUGGUCUUAUUCUAAGAAA